AUGAAAGGAAUAUUAUCAAAUUUUUUAAUUAUACUUGUAAUAUUACUUUUAAUAAAUCAUACUAUUGCAUCAUGUCCUAAAAAUAUAAAAGAACCAUGUAUAUGCCAAAAUAAUGAUCAUGAACCAUUGCAAAUAUAUUGUGAAGGAGCCACUUCAUUUACAGAUAUAAUGGAAAUGCUUAAACCUGUUAGAAAAACAAUUGAAAGUUUAAGCAUUGUUGAUACUUCCAUACCAAAAUUGGAAGAAAAUGUUUUUGAUGGUUUUAUCUUUAAAAAACUUUCUUUAAUACAUAAUGAUUUAACUGAAAUUGAUGAGAAUGCUUUUUCUGGUGAUUUAUUAGAAAGUUUAGAGGAACUUGAGAUUCGUCGAAAUUCUCUUGAUGAAAUACCAAUUGCUGGUAUUUCUAAAUUAAAAUAUUUAACAUUAUUAUCUUUAGCUGAAAAUGAAAUUGCCACAAUACAUGAUAAUGUUUUUCUUCAUUAUCAAAGUAGAACAACUAUUCAAACCAUUGAUUUAUCAAUGAAUCAAAUAUCUGUUAUUUAUGAUAAUGCCUUUCUUGGAUUAGAAAAUAUUGUUACAUUAUUAUUGGAUAGAAAUUCAAUUACUGAAAUACCAAUAACAGCAUUUUUAAAUAUACCAACAAUAGAACAAAUUGGUUUAAGUGUUAAUAAAAUAAAAGAAUUAAUUGAAGGAUUAAGUCUUCCUGUUUUAAAAUCUUUUAGUAUUGAAGCAAAUCAGAUUAAAAGUAUUUCACAAAAUGCUUUUACUGGUACUCCAAAUCUUAUAUAUUUAUAUAUAGGUUCAAAUCAACUUACAAAUAUAGAUGAGGUUAUUUUUAAGCCAAUAUUUAAUUUAAAAACUCUUGCAUUAAGUAAUAAUCCUUUAAUUAAAGAGAUUGGACCUUUAACAUUUAAAUUUACACCAAAUCUUAUACGACUUGACUUAUCACAAUGUGGUAUAAGAAAAAUAUCUGAUUUAGCUUUUACUUAUGUAAAUAAAUUACAAAUCAUUUUACUUAAUGGGAAUGCAUUAACAUAUAUAUCAAAUAAAACAUUUACCUCAUUAAAGAAAAUUGAAAAUAUAGAUUUGAAAAAUAAUCAGUUAACAGUUAUUGAGGAUGGGUCUUUUAUAAAGUUAAAGCAUUUAAGAACACUUGAUUUAAGUAAUAAUAAACUAACAUUUGUUAGUCCAAAUAUGUUUCAAGAUUCUGGUAUUGAGUUAAGUAGUCAAAAACAAACAAAUAUAUAUUUGUAUGAUAAUUUAUGGACAUGCGAUAGUAGUUUUGAAAUAUUCCGUCAAUGGCUUCGUAAUCAUCCAUUUAUAAAAACUGAAACUGAAACAUCAAAACCAGCUAGAUGUUUUAAUCCACCUGUAGUUAAAGGACUUGAAUUAAGAAAGAUAUCACAAUCAAUGUUACCACCUCUUGUGUCUGAACAAACACAAAGAACUAUUAAUGAGUUUAAAAAUCUUGUACAACAACCAGUAAAAGUUAAUAAUAAUGAUUCAAAAUCUACAAUUAUUUUAACAACAACAAUUACAACAGAUAAGAAUGUUGAAAGUUUAAAGAUUGGUAAUAAAAUUCCAUUACAAGAGAAAAAAAUACAACAAAAUAUUAAUUUAGUAACACAACUUCAUGCCUAUCCAAAUAUAAAAUCAUCUAAUGUUAUAAAUGUAGAUGAUAAUAAUAAAAAUAAUUCAACAAAUUUAUAUCCAGAAAAUAUAUCUAUAGCAAGUCAACCAGUUAAUAUGGUUAUUGUUAUUGGUGCUAUAGUUGCUAGUUUCAUUGCUAUUAUUGGUUUAAUAGUUGUUAUUUUAUAUAUUUUUAGAACAAAAAAAAUUCAUAAACGUCAAGGUGCAGGAACUGUCUCAGCUGAUGAAUUUGCCCAUAAAAAACAUACACCAAUAAUAAAUGGACAAUUUAAUAAAGAUACAUCAAUGUAUGGUAAUAAUUUUAGCCUUUAUUCUGGUUUUUCAGCUCACAAUUUAAAAGCAAAUGGUUUAAAUACAACCACUAAUCAUAAUACUUCAGAUUAUAAUAAUGAUAAUUUAAAUAGACAAAAUUUUGAUCCAGAAGGUGGAUACUACUUAGAUCGACCGUGGUAUUGGUGGUUUUAA